UAUUUGUGGGGUGCUUCCUCUUGUCUAUUCUUUUUGGUUAUGCAAGCUUCAAGUUUAUAUGAAAUAAAUGUAGAAAAAGUACGAUAUUCCAGUUGACUAGAUAAGUAUGGUCUGUUUCUGUUUCUGUUCCUCUCCCAGAGAAAGCAGGCAGUAUUGGCACACUAUAAAAGCCUUCACUUGGGUUUGCUAGAUCUAAAAGGAAAGAGCCUUGUUCAUAAAAAAAGCAUAUAUAAAGAAGUUAGAACAUGAACGACUUGUUAUCGGGUUUGUUCUACAAGGGAAAGCAGGAAGAAAAGGAGCAGGUGAUAGAGAUAACACAUGGUGGGAGGGAGUUGAACAAGUUCUUGGAAGAAGUGGAGUCAGUGAAGGAAGAGGUGAAGGAGCUAGAGAGGUUCGAGCUGAGCCUGCGAGCAACCAACCAACAGGGGAAAACGCUUCACAGUCCAAAGGGCGUGAGGGAGCUUCGGUCGCGCAUGGACAUGGACGUGGCUCUCACACUCACCAAGGCAAAACACGUCAAGGCUCGCUUGGAGGCUCUCCACCGCGCCAACCGAGCCGCACUCUCUUUGCCCGACUGCGGACCCGGUUCCUACUCCCACCGGACCCGAACCGCUCUUGUCGGAGCCCUCACCAAGAACCUCAGACACUCCAUGGAGAGUUUCAAUAACCUGAGGGAGCAGAUAUCGUACGAGUACAGAGACACCGUGCAACGUAGAUACUACGCUGUCACCGGAGAGAACCCUGAUCAACAAACCAUUGACCUCCUCAUCUCCACGGGUGAGAGUGAAAGUUUCUUGCAGAAAGCGAUCCAGCAGCAAGGGAGAGCCAGCAUCAUGGACACCAUCCAAGAGAUUCAGGAGAGGCACGGCACCAUGAAAGAAAUAGAGAGAAAUCUACACGAGCUGCACCAACUGUUCUUGGAUAUGGCUGUGUUGAUUCAACCCCAGGGUGAACAAUUGGAUGACAUUGAGAGCCAUGUGGCACUUGCAAAUUCCUUCGUCACCAAAGGGGUGCAGCAGUUGCAAGUUGUGAGGAACCAUCAGAAGAAUACUCGUAACUUUACCUGUUUUGCCAUACUCCUCUUCAUUAUCAUGUUGGUUAUAGUUCUCCCCAUUGUUUUCAGAAAUUGGUCAGAUUAAUUGGUGAGUGGCAUGGCUAUGAUAUUCAUGUGGGAUCUUACAUCAAAACUUGGUAGUCAAGUCAACCAAAACCUGCCUUGACCUUCUUCCCAUGUGAAAGUGCCUUUCUUUCUGUCAUGAUCAUGUAUUUUUCUGGUAACAUGUACGUUCGAUCUGUGCUUUUUCUUUAACUGUUUGAGGGUUUUUUUCGACAAUGAACUUUUACUAGCACGCAGAGGCCGGAGCUAAAGCACUUUUAUCUCUUCUUGGCCUCUUUGAAUGAAGUUGAAAGAUAAGAGAAGGGAGGCAAAUUAAGUGUUACGGGUGGAUGAUGUUCAUGUUAACAAGGAAGUGUGGAUGAGUGUAGAUAUUGUAGGCGUGACCUAUACUUUUAAGUACAAUAUUUCAUUUGUUGGUUAUAUGUACGUUCUUGUGUAUAUAUUAAAACUUUCAAAGGUACAGUUUAUAAAUGUUGUUUUUCAAUUGGUUUAU